CACCAAACGCGUAUCCUCUCUUUACCAAAAAGGCGCGAGGACACAAAGCGCGCCCCUUAUACGCUCGCGAACACUACGAGUAAUGGCCGACCUAGAAUCGCAGUACAUACGAGACCGAUACCUCGACAAUGAUCCAAUGGACCUGAUAACUGAAGACGAAUGCCGAGAGAUCUGCUCAUAUAUCCAUCACACGCAUGAUGCGGACGUCGUGAGAGCCCUUCUCCGUCGUCACCCGGAUCUAUGUCGGUGGCCAGAGUUCCCCUACUGCUCUCCGGUCCACUGCUGCAUCCUGAACCUUCUCGUUCAAGCUGGGCUCGAUCACCAGCAUGCCAUGACGUCCCUUAACAGAGCCGUCGUUUGGGAAGAUUGGAGGGCUCUUGCUAGCCUCGCCAAGGUGAAACGCUUACCAACGACAACACUAUUCGGAAUCUUCCUCUGGGAAAGGGCGCUGCGGCAUAUUUCUCAGGACACCUUGAACUUCAUGGUUACGCUUGACGAUCCGUCCCCUUUCCUGCCGUCGUGUAGCUAUGUGAUACAGCAGAAGGCGAUCACUUACGAAAACGCUGUCUUCGUUAAACCGUGGUCUGCAGAGGAAGCUGCGCUUGAUAUAGGAGACGUACCACUUAGUGUAGAGGAUGGAUGCCGCGAUGUGGAUGAGUCUGAUACACCUUCUAUGAUCAGGAGCCUUAUCCGCCUUUGUCCUGACAUCCUUCAUGAUCUCAAGCUGACCCCGCGAUAUCGUAGACCGUCGGUCAUAGAGACACUCUCUGCUCUAGGUUGUUCCGGGCUGACGUAUGAGGGCCACAUCUGUGUAGACUUGUAGCGUUUGCCUCUAGGGGGAAGGCAAAGCAGAUGUAGA